UGAAUUUUCUCUCCUCGCAUUUCCAUUUCUCAUGCUCUGAAAUUCAGAGCACUUUAACAAUGGCGUCUCUUCCUCUCACCUCCUCUUGCUCUCUCGCCUUCCCUUCUAGAUCUCGUUCUCUCAAAUUCUCCGCUCUAACGCCUCUUUGCAGAUCAUCGACCCCUCCCUUGCGAAAUUCCAAUAUCCUCAGACCAAUUUUCAGUACUCCGUCUCUUAAACCAGCUCCAUCUCUUGUUUCUUCUAAAUCCCUUUCUCUUCUUCCUGCGAGAAAGAACAGGUUUUCGGUAUCUAAAGUGAGAGCGUCGGCUGCCGCUGCCACCCCUGCUCCCGCGGCGCCAGUGCCAGCUUCUCAGCCAUGGCAGGGCGCCGCAAUGAAGCCACUCUUGGCGUCCAUCGCUACGGGAGUUAUUCUCUGGUUCGUUCCUGUUCCGUCCGGGGUCUCCCGUGAAGCUUGGCAGCUUCUCGCCAUCUUUCUUGCCACUAUCGUUGGGAUCAUCACCCAGCCGCUACCUCUUGGCGCCGUCGCUCUCUUGGGCCUCGGAGCUUCCGUGCUUACUAAAACCCUUACGUUCGCCGCUGCGUUCUCUGCCUUCGGCGACCCAAUUCCCUGGCUCAUUGCUCUCGCGUUUUUCUUUGCUCGUGGUUUCAUCAAGACGGGUCUCGGCAACCGGAUCGCUUACCAAUUCGUACGGUUGUUCGGCAGCUCCUCUCUCGGCUUGGGCUACAGUCUCGUCUUCAGCGAAGCGCUCCUCGCUCCUGCGAUUCCUUCGGUCUCCGCCAGAGCCGGUGGGAUCUUCCUGCCUCUCGUUAAAUCUCUGUGCGUCGCAUGCGGCAGUAACGCCGGAGACGGAACGGAGAACAAGCUGGGAUCGUGGCUGAUGCUGACCUGCUUCCAAACCUCCGUGAUCUCUUCAUCGAUGUUCUUGACGGCAAUGGCGGCGAAUCCUUUGAGUGCCAACUUGGCUUACAACACCAUCAAGCAAUCGAUUGGGUGGACAGAUUGGGCUAAGGCCGCCAUUGUACCGGGUUUGGUGUCACUGAUUGUGGUACCGUUGCUUUUAUAUGUGAUUUAUCCGCCAUCGAUAAAGAGUAGCCCCGAUGCGCCCAAGUUGGCCCAGGAGAGGUUGGAGAAAAUGGGACCCAUGUCCAAGAACGAGCUUAUAAUGGCCGGGACUCUGCUUGUUACGGUUGGGCUCUGGGUUUUUGGGGGAAUUCUGAAUGUGGAUGCUGUUACUGCUGCCAUUCUUGGAUUGUCCAUCCUUCUUGUGACUGGCGUUGUUACAUGGAAAGAGUGCUUGUCCGAAGCAGUUGCAUGGGAUACACUCACGUGGUUUGCUGCACUGAUUGCUAUGGCGGGGUACCUUAACAAAUAUGGUCUCAUCUCGUGGUUCAGCCAGACUGUCGUUAAGUUUGUUGGAGGGUUGGGUCUUUCAUGGCAAUUGUCCUUUGGCAUUCUGGUUCUUCUCUACUUCUACUCCCACUACUUCUUUGCAAGCGGGGCAGCUCAUAUCGGUGCCAUGUAUACAGCCUUCUUAUCUGUUGCCAGUGCUCUAGGCACUCCACCCUACUUUGGAGCUGUAGUGCUCUCAUUCCUAUCCAACCUCAUGGGAGGGCUCACACACUAUGGCAUUGGCUCUGCCCCAGUUUUUUACGGAGCAAACUAUGUCCCUCUCGCCAAAUGGUGGGGCUACGGGUUCAUAGUAUCUAUCGUAAACAUCCUUAUCUGGCUUGGAGUUGGAGGAGCUUGGUGGAAGUUCAUAGGAUUGUGGUAAAAGAAGAAGGUUUAUAAAACUUGCCGACCAACAUUAGCUAUACUCUAAUGAUUUUUGGUUUUUCGCCCUCAGGAUUCAAUCUGCCAUUGUUUUCUGUUUGGUUUUGGGGAAGGUUAUUAGUUUUUUUUUUAUUUAUUUUUUUUUUUUUUACUUUUGAUUCUUUGGAUUGGAAAUAAUCUGAUCCAGAAAAAGUUUAUAUUUUAGAGGAGAAAUUAGAUUUUGUACCCAAAAUUUUGACAUGACAUUAUAAUUUGCCUGAAAUUUAAGAAUAUCAAUGACAUAGUGAUUACUCUGCUGCC